AUGAAAAUAAGUAAAAUAAGAAGAAAGGUAGAUCCACCAUUAAUUGUAAGUAAAAGAUUACCUUCCUUUUUAAAAAAAGAGAAAAUUACUUUAACAAAAAAUAACUUUAAAAAAAAUGUAAAAUAUAAUCAAACUCCUCAAUUUGUUCAAGCAAUCAUUAAAUUCAGUAAAAAGAAUAAAAUUUUUGAUGAUGACAAUGUGAUAAAUAAAAAUAAAUUGAUAUACAUAAAUAAUUUGCUAAAUGAAAUUCCUAAAAAUAAGGAUUUGUUAACAUCUACUUUAAUAUGUGAAAUAUAUCGUUGCCUUUAUAAGCUAAAUUUUUUUAGAAUGGAUAUUAUUUUUAAUUUGUACAGUAUAUUAAUAAAUAAUACUAUUAAUUUUUCUAGCAUAAAUGGGUAUGUUAAUUGCAAUUUUAAAGAGUUAAUAAAUAUCACUAAAUAUUUAUAUCAUUUUCAAUAUAUAUGCAAUACUAAUAUUCAAUCUAUUCUAAACAAUAAUGAUAAUAACUUUAAAUUAAAGAUUGUUGAUAGAUAUCUUAAAGAUAACUUUAAGAGUAGAAAUGUACAUAUUUAUAACAAUAUAUAUAAUUAUAUUAUCAAAUAUAAUAAUCACAACAAUAUAGAUAUUUUAAUUUAUUCGUUGAUUAAAUACAAAAAUUCAGAUAAAGAAAAGGUAGGAACUAAAAGAAUAAUUGAAACUGAUAAUUCAAAAGAAUUGAGUCCUAAAAAUGAUUUAAUAGAUGAAAUUAAUAGAAAAAAUUGUAAAAAUGAUAAUGGUGGAAUUUCUGAAUUAAAUGAAAAUGUACAAAAAAAUUUUAAUAAUAAGCAAAUAGAAGAGAAUAAAGAAUUAUUAAUUGAAUAUAUAAACUCUUUUUAUAAAUUAAAUGAUAUGUUUAAUUUUUUGUUGAAUAAAAUAUUAACGUAUUUUAAUGAAAAUUCUAACAUUUUUGACUUUUAUAAUUUAAAAUUAUUAUUUUUCUUUUUAGGAAAAUUUGAAAAAUAUGAUUUGGGAACUUUAGAAAAAAUCUCUAGAAGAAUAAUUGAAGAAAUUGAAAAAAUAAAAACUAAUCCUAAAUUAAUUGGUGAAAAUUAUGAAGAAAAUAAAAAGUAUAAUUAUGCAAAAAACAGAGUAAAGAAAUUAAAAAAAAGGUUUAUAAAUACAUUUAUGAAAAUAAAUUCAAAAGAGUUUCUUAUUUUACCAUAUGCAAUUGGUAUUUCUAUGAAUACAUAUUUUAAUAAUUAUUUAAUCGAAUAUGUAAAUAUAUAUAUAUUAAGUUUAAUUAAUUCUAGAGUUAAUUGUGAUAUUGUUAAUUUCACUUAUUGCUUAAUCGGAUAUAAAUAUAUUAUGUUAAAUUUUUUUAUUUUGUUUAAUAUAUUUUUAUUUAAGGAAAAAUGUUUAAAGAACAAAAAACUUAUAAAUAAAUAUAAUAUUUUUUUUAAAAAAUUAAUAAAUAAUGUAAAAAAUUUUAAAAACACAGAAAACAUAAAAAGUAGUGUAAGUGAUGAAAUAAAGAACAUAAGUAUUUAUAAUAGCGUUUUUAAUGAUACUAAAAAAGAGUUAAAUAAUAAUGUCUUCAAUGGUAUAAAAACAUUUAGUGAUACUAAAAAUGAAAAUUGUGAUGAUUUAAGAAAAAAAGAAAACGACUUGAAUAAUAAUGAAUAUAUAGUAGAUAAAACAGGAAAUUCAAGUAAAAUUAAUUUAAAUAGUGAAAUGGAAAAUUUAAGUGAUUCAAAUUAUAUUUUUAAUAUGUUACUAAAUGAAUUUCAAAUUAAUUUAGAACAAAUUUCUUUAGUAGAUUUUGAUAAAAAUUCUUUUUAUCAAAAAUAUAACAGUGAUCAACUUGAAAAAUUUUAUUUAUAUUAUAAAAAUAUAUUUAAUAAAGUAUAUAAUUAUUGUAUAUUCCUAUUAAAUAAGUAUGACAUUAAUGAAAUGUUAAAAAUUUAUAAAAAUUUUAAAUCUCUUUUAAUAGAUGAUGAAGUAAUAAAUAAAGUAUAUAUAGAAGUGCUUUAUGAAAAAAUUAUAUUAAAUUCGGAAUCAGAAAAUGUUUCAAGUCUAUUGAAAUUUAUUUGCAAUAGAAAAAUGCAAAAAAUUAGCGGAAAAUAG